CCUGGGGGAGCGGCUGGAGGGUCGCCGCGCGGUCUGGCCGGGCCGGAGCAGCCGCCGCAGCCGCGGGAGGCAAAAAGAAUGCCAAAAAGAGCCUGCUCGACGACCGAGAAUCACAAGCAGCUUUAAAAAGGAAAGCAAAUCAAGCCAGCAAUCAAAUCUUCUCCACUUUCUCCAGAGAACCCCAAAACUCUUCUUCCCCAGCAAAAGACAGAUGAGGGAGAGAAAAACAAGAGGAGAGGGUUUUUCAGCUGGACAAAAUUGAAUAUGUUGAACUCAAAUAUUACAUGAAAAGGUCAAGGAUGAUAAUUUCUAACUUGAGAGAAAAAGGAGGAAAUAUCUGUAAGUCAGUGGGGAGGAAGAGGUCUCUUGGAUGGCCACUUAUGGGAGAGAUUACGCAAGCCUCACCCUGUGACGAAGGAAACAGUCGCUUGAAUGGAAGCACCACCACACAAGGGAUCAGAAAUAGUCUUGGUCUCCUUCAGAAUCCAAGAAUACCACUGGUGGAAAAGCCCCACAGAGGUGUAUUUUGUGGGGAAAGCACAGAUUACGGAUCACAGCUGAUCAUGCACAAGAGAACUCACACUGGGGAAAAACUCUAUGAAUAUCUGGACUGUGGAAAAAGUUUCAGUCCGAAAUCCAACCUGGUGAUAGACCAGAGGACUCGCACAGAAGAGAAACCGUAUGAGUGUCCGGAUUGUGGGAAAAGUUUCAUUCUGAAUUUUCACCUGGUUAUACACCAGAGGACUCACAAAGGAGAGAAACCGUAUGAGUGUCCGGAUUGUGGGAAAAGUUUCAAUCAGAAUUCCUCCCUGUUGCAACACCAGAGGACUCACACAGGAAACAAACCAUAUCAGUGUCCAGAUUGUGGGAAAAGUUACAUUUGGAAUUCUGAGGUGGUGAUACACCAGAGGAUUCACACAGGAGAGAAACUGUAUGAGUGUCCGGAUUUUGGAAAAAGUUUCAGUCAGAAUUCCUCCCUGAUGCAGCACCAGAGGACUCACACAGGGGAGAAACCGUAUGAGUGUCCAGAUUGUGGGAAAAGUUUCGGUUUCAAGUCCAGCCUGGUGAUACACCAGAGGACUCACACAGGAGAGAAACCGUACGAGUGUCCGGAUUGUGGGAAAAGUUUCAGUCAGAAUUCCUCCCUGAUGCAGCACCAGAGGACUCACACAGGGGAGAAACCGUAUGAGUGUCCGGAUUGUGGGAAAGGUUUCAGUCAGAGUUCACACCUGGUGAUACACCAGAGGACUCACACAGGAGAGAAACCGUAUGAGUGUCCAGAUUGUGGGAAAAGUUACAUUCGGAAUUCCGACCUGGUGAUACACCAGAGGACUCACACAGGAGAGAAACCGUAUGAGUGUCCAGAUUGUGGGAAAAGUUUCGGUUUCAAGGCCAGCCUGGUGAUACACCAGAGGACUCACACAGGAGAGAAACCGUAUGAGUGUCCGGAUUGUGGGAAAAGUUUCAGUCAAAAUUCCUCCCUGAUGCAACACCAGAGGACUCACACAGGAGAGAAACCAUAUGAGUGUCCGGAUUGUGGGAAAAGUUACGUUCGGAAUUCCGACCUGGUGAUACACCAGAGGACUCACACAGGAGAGAAACCGUAUAAGUGUCCGGAUUGUGGGAAAAGUUACAUUCGGAAUUCAAGCCUGGUGAUACACCAGAGGACUCACACAGGGGAGAAACCGUAUAAACUGUAUGAGUGUCUAGAUUGUGGGAAAAGUUUCAGUCGAAAUUCCGAACUGAUGAUACACCAGAGGAGUCACACAGGAGAGAAACCGUAUGAGUGUCCAGAUUGUAGGAAAAGUUUCAGUCGGAUUUCCUACCUUGUGCAACACCAGAGGACUCACACAGGAGAGAAACCGUAUGAGUGUCUGGAUUGUGGAAAAAGUUUCAUUCGGAAUUGUGAACUGAUGAUACACCAGAGGACUCAUACAGGAGAGAAACCGUAUGAGUGUCCGGACUGUGGGAAAAGUUUCAGUCGGAUUUCCUAUCUGGUGAUACACCAGAGGACUCACACAGGAGAGAAACCAUAUCAGUGUCCAGAUUGUGGGAAAUGUUUCAGUCAGAAUUCCCACCUGGUGAUACACCAGAGGACUCACACAGGAGAGAAACCGUAUGAGUGUCCGGAUUGUGGGAAAAGUUUCAGUCGGAUUUCCUACCUGGGGAUACACCAGAGGACUCACACAGGAGAGAGACCGUAUGAGUGUCUGGAUUGUGGGAAAAGGUUCAAUCAGAAUUCCAACCUGGUGCAACACCAGAGGACUCACACAGGAAACAAACCAUAUCAGUGUCUGGAUUGUGGGAAAUGUUUCAUUUGGAAUUCCCACUCGGUGGUACGCCAGAGCACUCACAGAGGAGAGAGACCAUAUGAGUGUCUGGAUUGUGGGAAAAGUUUCAGUCAGAAUUCCCACCUGGUGAUACACCAGGGGACUCACACAGGAGAGAAACCAUAUGAGUGUCCAGAUUGUGGGAAAAGUUUCAGUCAGAAUUCCCACCUGGUGAUACACCAGAGGACUCACACAGGAGAGAAACCGUAUGAGUGUCUGGAUUGUGGGAAAAGUUUCAGUCAGAAUUCCCACCUGGUGAUACACCAGAGGACUCACACAGGAGAGAAACCGUACGAGUGUCCGGAUUGUGGGAAAAGUUUCAGUACUAGGUCUGUCCUUAUAAAUCAUGUAGCUUUACACAUUGGAGAGAAACCAUUCAAAUGCCCAGACUGUGGACGGUGCUUCACACAACAUUCCUCCCUUAGCAGACACAAGGAAAUCCACAUGAGGCAGAAGGUGAUGAGUGUAGAGACGGCUUGAAAAGUUAUUUCAUUUCUGGGCUGAUACGUUUAGUCAAAUACGUCUCAGUAUUAGAGAUGAGGUAGGAGAGAAAAAAGUGGAAAAUGUUAGUUUGAGAAAGGCUGGCUACACCUUUCUGGCUAUCAGCAGAACUUCCCAGUCAGCUGGUACAGGCCCUAAAAGAUAUAUGAAAAAAAGAUCGGAGCACUCAGAUUUUAUGAGAGAAGAUAUUAGGGACGUUCGUGGCAGUGACAAAAACCCUUGUAAAGUUUCAGAGGGAAAGGCUGUUCUGCCUCGCAGUUGAAGGUGAUGGAAAAGAGCUGCAGGAAUACGGAGUUGAGGAGAAAAGGCAUUGUGGUUCUGAGCGCAGGAAGGACCUUCAGGUUUAGGAACAGCCCCUGCUGUGAUCGUGUUUGCCUCGCAGUGCCUGCUUGUUAGCUUUUUGUGGCUGUGGGUGACAGCAGCGCCAGGAGGCUGACCCCUUUGCUACAUCCCCCUUGGUGGUGGGGAUGGAGGAAAGAGUUGCCCGGUGGGAGAGGUUUCCUUUCCAGAAAUGCAUUGUGUAAGAACCAUUUGUGGCUUUUGAGAAGGAAAAAAACUGGGUAGUGUCAGCGAUGAGGGCCAAGAUGAGGCAACGCUCCCUUCCCAAGACAUGGGAGAUGUUUCCAUUUCUUUCACUCCUCUCUCUGGGCUUCUUUUUGAAUUUUCCCCAGAAAUCCCUACAAGUAAAGAGGAACAUUAUUUGGAGCCGCUAAGUGGCAUUUUAGCUAUGCAGAUGAAUGAUCCUGAUUUUGCUGAAUUCAGAAGACACCAAAGAAUUCAAGGUUUGUUCAUUUCAGGAGCCCGAUUCAGAGAUCAGGUUAUAAUGCCUUUUUUCCCUAGGAGAUGACUUUGUAUAUGAUCCCUUUGCAGAAGGACACUGAAGAGCCGGGACCAGGCCGGGGGUGGGGAGGAAGCAAGAGGCUCUUUUGGCCUGAGCCUCAAGCUCUGAGUGGCUUCAAAUUUAAAGGUGUGCAAAGUUGUUUAAAAUACUCAAAUUAUAUUUAAU